AUGACUUAUCAGCAACCUCUUCCAUGUAACAUUGCUGUAAGCGACCGCUGCCUGCCUACUCCCCCAGUGCGACUAUUGUACCCUCCCACGCCACCCUCCGCCGCGCUAUCGACUCAUUCUCCCUCCCUCAUUCUGCUCCCCAAAAGCAACACGUUGUCCCCGUUGAUCGGUGCUGGCCGCUACACUUAUAUAUACAUACUUGUAUACAAUCGAUACUACUCCCUCACAAAGGUCGCUCUCAUGUGUGCCGUGGCGUACGACUUGCACACAUAUUUGCACCAAUCUACGUGGCCGUCGAGUAGGCCACAGCCCUACCUGCGGCCUUCUGCUGCCUUCUGCUGCGACUACGCUAGACUGCUGGCUGAAAAGAGUAAUUUUGCUUUGGGCAAACAAGACCGCUCCGGUGACGUACAACCCUCCAUCGAGCCGUCUGGACUCUGGCCCCAGCCAUUCCCCUCGCCUGGAAAGCCCAUCCGCUUCCAAUCCCCUUGACCAGACAUGCAUAUGCAUUGCCAGCUAGCCGCAUACUGUAAAGAUCAUCGGCCGCUGCAGUAGGUCUACAGUGUACACAUAUGCCUACAGCAGCGAGACAAUAUGGCUAUCUUAUCUGAUUUGCAUUUCUCCCAUCCACUGAUUUUGUGGCCCGUGCUACCUGCAAGCAAGCCCCGACAAGAUAUCUCCAACCCUGCGUACACAAUCGGUCCUGCAAGAAAACCACUCGACAUGGCUUGCCCCGCUGCUGACACAACCCUCCUGCUGCACCGUAAAGCACCAAGCCUACCCAGCCGGCUAAACAGUCAGCAACAGCAGCAAACUC